AUGGCUCUGACUGUGUUGCCUGUCAUUCUGUAUGUCCAAGCUGGGGUGAUGUGUGGCUUCUGGGGCUUUGAGAAGCAUCGGGUGGGAGCCAACCCUGUGCUGGUCAGGGAGACCAAAGGGUCGGGGAUAUCGCUCCUGGUCACCUCGACGGAAGGCAACCUGGAGAAACCUGACCAGGAGACGUCGGAGGCUGCCUCGGCGUUCCUCUACACUGGAGAUCCUUCCAAACUGACCCAGGUCAACUGCACCAGGCGGGUCGAGAUCAGAGGCAUGAGGGUCAAGACCGCCGACGUGCUUCAUCCUUACCUCCACGGAGCCAAGCACACCCUCAUCCAUGCCACCAACUUCCUCAAUUUGAUAUUUCAGACCGAUGAUAUUCGGGAGUCCAGUGUGAAGGACGACAUAGAGUGGUACCACGCCUUAGUGAGGAGCAUCAUCGAAGGAGAUCCCCAGAUCUACAGGACAAUGUUAACUUUUGAUUCUCCGCCCAUUUCUUCCAAGCCUCAGUUGGUCCUUCAGGCCACCAGGUACCAGAAUGAGAUCUUCCUGCAGGACCUCUCCUCCACCUCGGACUACCUUGAGAACCAGACCUCGGAGAGCGAGUGGUUCAAUGGGUUAAAGUACCAAAGGACGCCUUAUCUGAACAAGAGAAUCCUCAACAACGACCUCAAAACCCUGGACACUCCCAAGUGGAACCAAGGGGACAGCUACCUGAUGGAUGAGAAGCACAUUAAGUGGUCCAUGCCCUUCAUGGAGUGCGAGAACUAUAAGUUCUUCCCCGGUUGGAUGGUCACCAUGUCUUCGUCCUUUUAUGGCCUGAAACCGGACCUGAGUCCCGAGUUUAAGGGGGUGAUUCGCAUUGACAUCAACCUACAGAGCGUGGACAUUAACCAGUGCUCCCCUGGAGAUAGCUGGUUUGCAGACUCCCACCAGUGCGACUUAAACAGCACGGAGUGUGUGCCUCUCCAAGGUCAAGGCUUUCAACUCGGAGCAUAUCAAUGUGUCUGUCAGAAAGGAUUCUACAACCCCAAUGUCAUCUCAACCAAUGGCUUCAGCAGUCAGGCCGAGGAGCGAGCUUCCUAUCCGAGGCGCCAAGCCGUGGAGGAGGCGCGGGAGCUGUUCGAGUGCCGGGCGUGCGGGCUGGGCUGCAGCCGGUGCACCAGCGACGCUCCCUGUCUGGUCCAGGAGGACGAGUACCUGAGGGUAUCCAUCCUGACCUGCCAGGCUUUCUGCAUGCUUCUCGUGUUCCUCAGCAUGUUGGUCGCUUAUCACUACAGAAGGAACAAGAGAAUUCGAGCAUCUGGACUGAUUCUUCUGGAGACAAUCCUCGGCGGAUCAAUCCUCUUGUAUUUUCCGGUGUUUAUCCUUUACUUCACCCCGAGCGUGUUCCGAUGUAUUCUCCUGCGUUGGGUCAGGAUGUUGGGCUUUGCUGUGAUUUACGGAACUAUAACACUGAAGAUGUACAGGGUGCUGAAGGUGUUCCUGUCCCGGACCGCCCAGAGGGUGCCCUACAUGACGUGCUGCCGAGUGCUGAAGAUGCUGGGUGUGAUCAUCCUGACCGUCUGCUGGUUCUUGAUCGCCUGGACAGUGGCCGUCUGGGAGAACAUGGAGAGGAGAAUCCCAUUGAUCGUCCAGUCCCAAACUCCUGACGGACAGUCGUUUAACACGUGUCAGCUCGACCGAUGGGAUUACAUGAUGGCUGUCGCGGAGUUGCUUCUCCUGUGCUGGGCCAGCUAUCUCUGCUACGCCGUACGCACCGUGCCAUCUGCGUUCCACGAGCCCCGCUUCAUGGGUCUCGCGAUCCACAAUGAAAUCGUCAUGUCCGCUGCCUUCCACAGCGUCAGAUUCACCACAGUGACAAGUCUUCACCCUGAUUGGAUGCUGUUGCUCUUCUUUGUGCACACUCACUUGACCGUGACGAUGACCCUGGCUUUACUCUUCAUCCCUAAGUUCCUCCAUGUGGGAAUGCCGCUGAGAGAGGAGAUAGCGGCCGAGGUGUACGAGGACGAGUUGGACAUGCGCCGUUCAGGCUCCUAUCUCAACAGCAGCAUCACAUCCGCCUGGAGUGACCACAGCCUGGACCCAGAUGACAUCAGGGACGAACUGAAGAAACUUUACGGGCAGCUAGAGGUACACAAAACCAAGAAGAUGACAGCGAAUAACCCACACCUCCAGAAGAAGAGGAGCUCCAGGAGGACUCUGGGGCGAUCCAUCAUGAAGCGAAUAUCAGAAUUUCCCGAGUCCAUGAGCAGGCAGCACGGCAAGGACGAGAGGGACGGAAGGGGCAGCUAUCCUGGCUCCUACAAGAAAAAGACCUACGAUCCCACCAGCUUCAGUCUGAAAGUCAAGGAGGACUCCAUCAAGCACCGGGUUUUGUCUUUGAGAAAAUCUCACAGUACCUACGACCACGUGAGAGAUCACCGCGAUGGCUCGACCAGCAAAUCAGACACCGGGGGCAAGGAUCCUUCUCUCCUGGAUUCACUGAUGAGGAAGAAACUGGCCAAGAAGGUCUCUGCCAAAUCGGACACGGAUUCGGUGGACUCUUCCCGUUCGGUGUGCAAGUCCGCGAGCGCGCACAACCUGUCUGUGGACAUCAGGCCGCUGUGCCCCAAGAUGACCACUCUGCAGAAAUCCCGUAGCGUGAGCUCGAGCUCAAAAGAAAAGGCGCUGCUCAUCAGCAAGUCUUACCUCAGUGUCGAAAGCGCAAGGCGGGUCAGGGACAAGGUUCAAAAGAAUCCGGCGAGCAAGCGAGCGUCCAGGGAGCUGCAGUCCUGCACGCUGCCGGAGACGUCCAAGAAACAAAACGUGUCACCGUCAACCAGGCAGCGGCGGGCCAGCGAAGUCCCGCGAGGAUCACCCAGAUCGCUCUUGGAAGAUAACUUUGACAACUUCGACAAGGCCGAGGUUUGCCCCUGGGAGUUACAGGACCUCCCGCCCUCGUCUCCUGAUAACAGAUCUCAGAAGCACGUCAGGUACGCGCCCGUAAAGUGCAUCAGCGUGGACAGCUCGCACUUAUCCGGAAAACAACUGCAGGAAACCAGUAGAAAAAAAUUCGGCAAACAGGCAGUGAAAUACACAAGUAUGAGUCGAGGCAGCGUGGACAACAUUACACCUUGGCCUCCAAAGGAGCUAUCGCCAGAGCACGACACGCUUAAACCAUCUACAGAUACACAUCACGGAGCCAAUAGAUCACCUAAAAUGGACAAGUCAAUGGAACGUCCCAGAGCAGGAAGCAUUUGCGAUUCAGAGCACGAAGAAAGAUCAAAUAGGGCCAAUAAGGCAGAAAUAUCUUCUGAAAAGACGACCACAUUAGCAUAG